GGUGUUUGAUGAUGGCGGAGCACAGGCGAAUCAGAAAAUCAAUUAAGUUAUGAAAAAUAGCGUUAAUUGCCUUUCUUUGUCGCUCCGGCUCUUGACGAAAUGGCGGCUCUCCAGAUGCUGUCCAUCAGAGUUAAAACGCUUCACGGCUAAUGGCCAGUACAGCAGAAACAAGAAGCGCCGCAGUAAACUGGAUUAUUUACGUGUUUUAGAAACACUGAACACUGUCUUUGAAACGGGUGUAAGAAUGAGCUGAUGGUUUUGGGAGUCUCCAAGAAGACCUUGCCAAAAAGAGAGGCUGACUGGAAGAUGCCAAGAAAAAAACAGCAGAAUCCACAGCCAGUCAAGUUGGAUUCUGAAGAUGGUUUAGCCUUUGAAGCUCCAGGAAACCUCACCUUAGACACAGACUUCUUUCUCGGACAAGAGCUUGAGUUUGGUGAUCCUGAUAAUGACAAGCUUCUAGUCCUGGAAAAGUUCUCAGAAGUAGCUGCUGAGAUUGGUUUCUCGGUGUAUCCUCUGGGUGAUGACGAGAGUCCGCCCUACAGCCAGCUCAGCAUGGAAAGCGACAUGGACAACUCGCACAGUGUAAACGACGGUGGACAGAAAGACGGCAGCCAGGGGGUCCAGCCCGAGCCCACUUUUCCUCCCUACCUGUCCUGCAGAGGCUGCGGUCAGCUCCGGGACGACCCUCUCAGGCCUGGCGUGGACCUGGUCGGUCCGUACUGCCUCAGGUGCUGCAAAGCCUCCAGGGAAGCCAAAAGCACAGACUUCUGUUCCCCAUUUGGAAGCAUGAGUGGGAUUCGUUCCAGUUCCCAUUCGCAGCUCGAAAGCGAAGGUGCGACAAACGGGAUGGGUGAGCAAGGGCUGACGGCAGAGGACAAGACGCCCAAACUGCACUCGUGUCACCUCUGUGGCUUCUCCUCACGCUACGCCAACCACGUGAAACGUCACAUGAAGGUGCACAACGGGGAGAAGCCGUUUAACUGCCUGCUGUGCACGUACGCCUCGGCCCAGCUGGUGAACCUGCAGAGACACCAGCGCAUCCACACGGGGGAGAAACCGUACAAAUGCGACAGCUGCACAUUCGCCUGCAGUUCACUCGGGAACCUCAAGAGGCACCAGCGAAUGCACGUGCCCCCCACAGGGGUGGGACAGGACGCCCCGCGGCCUGCCAGUGGACAAACCAGCCAGAAGACGCAGAGCGAGGAGAAAGGCGGUGCGUCAGCCAAGGAUGUUUCAAGGCCGACGUCAAACUUGGGUUUGGGAGCUCAGAACAGUGACUACCUAACGGCGUUUGAUGGGUUAAAGGGGGACACGCCGCUGCCCAUACCAGCCUCCAACCACCAGUCUCCACCUCUGCUGGAAACCACAGGCAGCAGUAACAGUGUGCCGAGUAGAGGGGGCAUGGCAGACGGCACCCUCCCCCCUUCUCUCUUCCCUUUCACUUGCCGGUUGUGUGGCAUUGUCCUCGAAGACGAGGACGGUUCCUCAGCCCAAAUAUGUGCCAAGUGUACUCUCGAAAUGCUGACUAAAGACUCCUCGUCAUCGCCAAACAGCCCGGGUGAACGCAGCGACAAGGUGUACACCUGCGCCGCUUGCCCCUUCCUCACACACUACCCCAACCACUUGGCGCGCCACAUGAAAACACACAGCGGAGAGAAACCAUACAAGUGCCCACAGUGCGACUACGCCUCGGCACAUUUCGACAACCUCAAACGCCACCACCGGGUGCACACGGGCGAGAAACCUUACAAGUGCCAUUUGUGCGACUAUGCUUGCGGGAACCUGGCCAACUUGAAGCGCCACCAGCGGGUGCACUCGGGCGCCAAACCCUUCCAGUGUGCCAUUUGCAGUUACAGCUGCAACCAGAGCAUGAACCUGAAGCGGCACAUGCUUCGACACACGGGGGAGAAGCCGUACAAGUGUCAGGAGUGCGGCUACACUACGGGCCACUGGGACAACUACAAGCGACACCAGAAGAAGCACGGCCUGGCCACAGACGGCUGGGUCAAAGUUCCGACGACUGGAAAUGACGAGGACAGCGCGGAGAAGAGGAUGAGAGCGGGAAAAGAUGCCGGCGUCGACAUGCAGUAUGUGUCGAGAGAGGGAGGGCAAGUACGCCCCUGUUACAAACAUGAGAUUGUAUAAAAUGUGACUCAGUAAAACUAAGCUACCAGCAAACAGAGCCUUUACGUUGUUUGAAGGUAUGUCAAUUCGUUUAGUGUUUUGUCUUCAUAGGCUGCUACUUUGUCCAUAGAAUCCUGCACAAAUAUGAAAGAUUGUUAUAACGCCUUUGGAUCAUGUUCAUGUUUGUCUUCGACUGUUGUGGGAAAACAGAUUAUUACCGUCUCAUUGUGUUCAAUCACAUCAAGCCAAUUCAGUUUGUAACACUAGAUUCCAAAUAUCAAAGCAGUUCCAGUCUGUUUGGGUUAGCUCUAGUUUUUUUUUUUUUUUUACAUUAAAUCCAUGAUUUGCCGUGGAGGUUUACACACUGCCUACUUGAAAACUUAAUUUCUGUGUUUAUUCCACUGUCUGCAGCAGGAAUAUAUCCACACACACACGUGCAAAUCCACACUGCGUUUCUGUGACUCGGCACAAUGAAGUCCUGCACAAGUGCACUGUGUCUGUUUUAGAAAGAUCAAAAGUGCAUAACUUGGGAACAAAGGAAAAUCUGUCAGAAUCAAAGUUUGGAACUUCUUGAUUAUGACUUUCUUUAUGGCUAAAUAUUUGUGAACUUAAACUCUUGCACAAACAAAAAAAAAAAUAAAGUUGAAGGCCAUGAGAUAUCUGGUGGUGGGAAAAAUAGCGAUGCAAUGAGCGUCCUAGUUUGCAUGAAAGACCAGAUUUUACGUCGGCCUAAUAUGACACGGUGCAGUCUGGCGCUAAACUAAUCCCUUCCGUUUAAUAAUGUAUGUACUACUAGUAUGGUGCUGUUUAAUAGUACUAAGCUGAUUUUAAUCAUUUGACAAGUUGUUUGAUGAGCUUGAACAUGCAAGUCUCCAUCUUGAAUGGUAUCAUUAAAAAAUAAGACCUCAGGAUCACAAAAUGCCAGAAAGACCAGUUUUAUGUCUGGAGCCAGUCGUCAAACUGAAACUUUUUUUUUUGUAGUUUUUUUUUUUUUUUUUAAGGUCUGUAAUAUCAUUUGAUUGUAACAUUCAGGAAAAAGCACAACCACGCACAGCUGCAGAAAAUGUCACAUUUGGAAGAUGUGUGGUGAACAAAGCGCUUUCAGACACUCAUUUGUGACGUUAUACAUGAAUGUGUUUCAUAAUUGUAUUUGCUCCACAGAACUGUCGCCAUUCACGUUGAUUUAUUCUCUUCCUCUGAGUUCCUAUUGACUGUGAAAUCGGUCCGUUCUUUUGUACUUGAGGGAGGGAGGAAAAUACUUGGUAGUCAGCAUGUAUGUAAUACUUGUUUUAUGUUGUAACUGUAAUACACUGCUAGAAGUGCAUACUUUAAUAUAUGUAACAUUUUCAAUUCUGAAUGUGUGAAGUGGCAUUUAGCUAGCAGUGUGGGAAACAUGAUCAUUUUAAGUAAUUUCUUUGUGAAUUACUGAUAUGCAAGUGAGAUUUUUCAGGUCACCAACAAUGGAGUGACGGAACAGAGCAGUGAAUCCACGGAUCAGCGGACGUCUCCAUUUUUGUCUUUAUGCAGUGUCUCACAUAAAUGCCUUAAGUGAGGAAUUUGAAAUACUACAUGCAUAAAGUUGAUUUCAUUGAAUGUCACCAA